AUGGAGGCUGAGCGGGAACGGGCAGAGGUGCCCCGCCGGGCGGGGGUGCCCAGGAUGGGCCGGCGGGCUCGCCAGGACCUCUUCUCUGGUGAGAGCCUCAGCAGGAAGAACUCCUCUUCUGCGUCCACGGGAGAGGAACCACCACCUAAACCCCCACGCCGACAUGGAGGCUGGGCAGUCGAUCCUGUGCUGGCACCUACCAAGUCAGGAAAAAAGCAUGCAGAAGAAGUAGAAGAUCAUCGUCUCAGGCAGCAGAGCCAGGAGGUAUCCAGUGAGGGAGGAGAUAUUCCUGUGAUCCCUGACUUAGAGGAAGUCCAGGAGGAAGAUCUGGCCAUGCAGGUGGCAGCCCCACCCAGUGUGCAGGUGAACCGAGUGUUGACCUACCAUGACUUGGACAAAGAUCUUAUGAAGUACGCUGCCUUUCAGACUCUGGAUGGAGAGGUUGACCUGAAGCUUCUCACCAAAGUCUUGGCUCCAGAACAUGAACUACGGGAGGUCUGGACAGAACUGCUGUCACACCUCAUUGAAGCUCAAGGGCUCAGAACUUUCUUUAUCAUUAAAAUAAUCAAGCUUAGAAAGAAUCUCAAAACUCCACAAUACCUGGAGCAGAUGACUUGCAGUCACCAAAUUCUGCAUCUUGGCUUUUCAUGCAAAGAAGAGGAUACACUCCUUCAGAUUCUCAGCAGUACCAUAAACAGCACCGAACUAUUCGGGAAAAUGAAUGGAGAAAAAGAGAAAUUAAAGUGGGCAUCUGCUGCUGUCUCCUCAGGACGUGUGAGCACAGGAAUUCUUUUACACAACUGUUUGUGUAAUUUGUUAUCCUGCUCAGUACUACAGCCAGCACAGAGCUGAAAUGAAGAGGUAAGAAGCUCUGAAGUGGAUGUUUACAGAAUAACCUUCCCACCAGGGGACUUUCUCUGUAACCCAGACAUUUUGUAGAUGUUUUAUGUCCUGAAGCAUAGAAAAGGAUUGCAGUGGUAAAACAGGAUUAGAUUUUAGGAUCUGAGAGUAAAAAGAAAACCUCUGUACUGAAAAUAGGAAACUAAAUGCUGCAGUCGAUAGAGUGAAGUACUGCAAUUGAAGGGGUUAAGACGACAAAAGGACAGACAAGUACAGAUGAAUUGGUGCAGAGAAAGUAACUAAACUGAAGACAGACAUUAGGAAUGAGAUAAAAAUGAUUUAUCAAAUGUCCGUUUUUGUUCUUUUAAUAUUUCUUUUCCACAUAAAUUUCUCAGACAACAAAAAGGUAAUGAAAAUGUUAAAAUUACAGCUCAGAAUAAAGGUUGAGUUGGAGAAACAGCAAGGAGAGAUCGCAGUGAAGCUGAAUGAUGAUCAUUUCAGAAGGUGUAGGAAUCAGCCACAAAUGUAAGGAUUUUCUUACCGUUAUUUUUUGACA